AUGUCCGGUCCCCUCGAUCGUUUUGCCAGACCUUGUUUUGAGGGGUUUUCGGGCAGUGAUGAGAAGAGGGAGAGGAGAUCUGACUUCGAGAACUCCGAGGAUGAGAGGAGGACCAGAAUUGGAUCUCUCAAAAAGAAAGCGCUCAAUGCAUCCUCGAAAUUCAAACACUCUCUUAGAAAGAAGAGUAGCAGGAGAAAGAGCGAUGGCCGUGUUAGCUCCGUGUCGAUUGAGGACGUUCGCGAUUUUGAGGAGCUGCAAGCUGUGGACGCGUUUCGCCAAUCGUUGAUCAUGGACGAAUUGCUUCCUGAAGCGUUUGAUGACUACCAUAUGAUGUUGAGGUAA